AGAGUAAAUUGUAUUGGUACUAAAGAAAUUAGACCGGUUGUACUUAAAAAUAUUAUUCAUCUUCAUUCGAUUUCAAACCAUAGUCUAGUAUUGUUUGAGAUAAAAUAAUCAUAAAAUUAUUUAUAAUGUCUUGCUGUGAAAAGAUACCAACUCGGUAUACGAUAGGUGUUAUGAUCUACAUGUGUGUGCUAGUCAGUUUCACUUUGCAAGUGAACUUGAGUGUCAACAUUGUUGACAUGGUACCAGUUGUCGUGAAUGGUACAGAAACUGUGGAAAAGGAAACGCUUGGAUGGUCAGCAUAUGAACGAGCAUUAGUUCUAGGAGGUUAUUCCUGGGGAUACAUUGUAGCCAACAUUAUGGGUGGACUUGUGGUUCAAAAACUAGGCCCACGAAACACAGUCAUUUUGGGUCAGCUGGGAUCUGCUAUUCUUACAUUUUUGAGUCCCUUAUUUGCCAAAAUGAGCUUCAUUGCCUUGACAAUAACGAGAAUUGCUCUUGGUUUUCUUAGUGGUUUUCUUAUUCCUGCUGUCACUGGAUUGAUUGCAAAUUGGGCUGUUCCGAACGAGAGAGGAAAGUUCACAUCAGCCAUGAUCGGAGGCACCAUCGGUACUAUGGUGGCGUGGUCAAUACUCGGUGUUCUUAUUGAGAGUUACGGCUGGGAAUGGGGAUUUUAUUUUUUCGCAAUCACUGCUGUAUUAUUCUGUUUGCCGUGGCUUUACAUUGUAUACGAUACUCCAGAUGAACAUCCAAGGAUUGAAAAAUCUGAAAAGCAGUUUAUUAUCGACGGAAUUCAGAAAAACGACAGGACGAAACUAAUACCGCCAUAUUUUCGGAUUGUGACCAACGUGCCUUGGAUAGCUGGAGCCAUUCUAGCAUUUGGCAAUAACUGGGGCAUUUUCUUCAUCUUAAACUCUGCCCCAACAUUUAUAGCAAAUGUAUUGAAGUACAACUUAGGUUCAACAGGACUUCUUUCUUCUAUCACAUACAUUGUGCGAAGUUGUACAGCUAUCCUAUUCGGUAUAAUUGGCGACUUCAUUCUAAGAAGAAAAAUACUGUCAGUCAACACACUGCGAAAAUCUUUUGUCACAUUCUCACAUAUAUUGCCAGGGUUACUGUUAUUAGCUUUGACGACAACUUCAAAUCCUAUUGUAGCUUUGACUUUGAUGAUAAUUUCAAUUGGUUUAAAUGGAUCUUCAGUGUUGACGUCUGCAAUAAACUGUCAUGAUUUGACUCCGAAUUAUGCUUCCACUGCGUUUGGACUUACAAAUGGUCUCGCUUCAGUUUCUGGUAUUUUGUCACCAUUGGUGGUCGCACAUUUCACUGAACAAGAUGAAACGAAUUUGGAAAGAUGGAGGCCAGUGUUUUACAUCGGAUCGGGUAUAUACGUGCUCUCUGCAAUAAUUUUUGUUGUUUUUGGCUCAACACAAGUUCAAGCUUUUAAUAGAAUAGAGGACGAAAAUUUGGAAGACGCAACAUUAAAAAACCAAGAAAAAUAUACGAUUGCGACAGUACAAAAUUAAUUAAUAUUUUUGUUUCUUAUUCAAGUGCCCUUUAUGAAGUAUUUCCAAAGUAAAAAAUAUCGUAAGAAGCGUUUAAAUGACAAAAUAUUUAGCUAUCCAGACAAUUUGUAAGUUCCUAAUGUAUUUACAUUGUUAAAUAAUGCAAGUAACGUUUAUUUCAUCAGAUAGGUACCCUGUAUACCCAAAAAAGUUGACUGAUCCCAAUUCUUAUAACGAAUGUUCGUGUCAUCUCAUUCCUCCUAACAUAUUCCUUCUCUUUCUAACACCAGCUAGACAUUUCUGCAUAGAAUCGCUUUGAUUAAUGCCCAAACUGUUUCUAGGUCCGCUAGACCAGUCAAUUCGAUGACCUAACCAUUAUCCUAAUCCAACCUAACGUGACCCUUAACGACCUUUAUUUAAAUCCCAAUCUCGAUUGACUUGCGAAGCUAGAGAUAGACAAUAUCCAUGGUGGUCGAUUGAAGGGAUUUAGUCUUUAUUUCGUGAGUAGCAGGUUCCCGUUUCUAGUGUUUCCGGUCAGUUUUUGUCGAGUCAGAUACGACUGGCUCUUUCCUUUAUUUAUAG